CCCGAGUUUCCUUGAUGUGCCAUCGCAGCCGCCUGGAAGGCGUCAAACGUCAUUUGUCCGGAGGUUGGGGCAUUGAUCGCGCCCACCAUCCCGACAUCGCAGUGUGGUUGCGGGGCAAGCUGCUUGCAGAAGAACCAAAGAGGCUGAGAGGCGUUGGUGAUUGUCAGGUUCCAUGUUGGGAAUCCUGAAGAUGCGCCCAUAGGGAUGAAAAUGUUACCCGAGUCAAAGCCAUUGCCGAGAGGAUCACAGGACCAGGUGAACAUAACAAUGUCGCCUUCGGCGGCAGUAACAUUCGGGGGAGUGAAAAUGAACAGAUUGUUUCCAGUGCCGCCCACCAUAAUUUGCUAGAGCAACCGCUGAAACUGCUGCUAGAGCAGUGAGCGAGAGUAAGGCGAACAUGGUUGCAACGUUGACUCUAACAGAAAUGGGGAAAACAGUGGGUAUGUGAAGACAUCAUCAUGCUGCGGAGCACUCUUUAUAGACGGAUGCAAUUGUGCUUCUGACGUCGAGACUCUUUCGAAAAAAGACUCAUCCAGUGAGACAAAUCUGCUACCAUGAAACCAGCAAGAAGCACCAGAAGCUCAGAGGCGACUCCAAUACCGGCGCAGAAGUGUUAAGCAGACGAAUGGGAUGAGGUCCGUUUUCACACUGCAGGGCGGCAGGAGUCAUUCGAUUCACAGAGAGAGCCUUUUCCUCUCACGAGAGAAUAUGAGCCAGAAGCCCGCAUUUUCCGGCUGAUGGAUACUAAUAGUCACGAGGAGAGGUUUGCGAUGGUAAUGAGGAGCUAGCGGGGAUUCUUUGAAAAAUCUUGGCUCUCUAGGUCGUGGUUCAAGUAGAAUAAUAACUGGCGGGCGAUCUCCUGACGACCUAAUCGGGUACGAGGUGUGCAUCGCCACCCCGACUUGCAUAUUCGGGCUUUCGACGUCUUGAUUCAUAAAACGCCUCUGCGUAUGCUGACACCAUCAACUACAGUACAUGCAUCCCGCCUAAUGAUUUAGACAUGGACGAUAGUACUGUAAAGUCAAAGAAAGAACUAGACCCGACAGUAGAUUUCAUCGCGGGAACUGUAGCUGGUGUCGCUGGUUUAACCAUCGCAUAUCCAUUUGAUACCGUCAAAGUACGGCUCCAGAGCCCAGGAAUUUCAUCCAAGUAUCGUUCGACAUUCCAUGCAUUUUCUACCAUUGUUCGGGAGGAGCAUUUCAAGGGCCUUUACAAGGGCAUCGCCUCCCCUAUGAUAUCAUGUGCCCCACUGAACGGACUUGUCUUUGCAAGCUAUCGUUUCUUCAUGCGUCUCCAACUUGCUCAUGCCGACGACGUGCCGACGAUAACACAAAUAGGUUUCGCAGGCAUAGGAAGCGGAAUCACUGCCUCGUUAAUAACUUGCCCAAUCGAGCUGAUCAAGAUUCGUCAGCAGAAUAUUGUUGAUCGUCAAUCGUCGACACGCAUGGUCGCUGCCGACCUUUUCCGACGAACAGGAGUUCGUGGUCUUUACAGAGGUCUUGUUCCAACGGCUUUACGCGAUGUAGGCUAUGGCGCAUACUUUGCAACGUACGAAGCGACCUGUCGAUACUUCUCGAGUCGCGGUCCUCCUAAGUUAGAAGAUUCGCAUCUCACAGAUCAUUUGUCUCUACUCGCAGAAGUAGAGAACGAGAUGGAUUCACUGUCCUGGCCCGUGCUUCUUUUCGCAGGUGCCCUCGCUGGUGUGAAUGGAUGGCUCGUUACUUUCGCCUUCGAUGUCGUUAAGACACGGGUACAGAGCGUUGAUCGCUUUACGAGUCCUUCUAGUCAUCCAUAUCGAAAUACUGUUUCAACUAUUAUAAAUUCAUAUCGUUCCGAAGGUCUAGGAGUUUUCUUCCGUGGGCUUUCGCCAACGCUUUUGCGAGCAAUACCUGUAAAUAUGGCAACAUUCGGCGUGUUCGAAACUGUCGUCCAUCUACUCUCCUGAACUGGUCUUUGAUAGCAUAUACACACCUGCCAAUUACCCAUCACGGAAACCUCCCAUAGAUUGCAGUACAGUCACUAUUUUACAAUACACUCAAGAGCCAUAGAGGUUCUUCUAUCAUCGACUGUGGACGUCUGAUAUAUGCACUCAUUCGAACAGGAUCGAGAUGAUGCUCAAGGCACGAAGAGCGACCGAGUUCCCAAGCGAGCCCUCCUGCCAAUCAUACUCCCAAUCCGUAAGGACGCCUCCAAUCGGAGAACCAAGAUCCGCCUGAGAGAAAUCGACAUUCACCGUAGUCGAGCCCAUAUUCAUUAGGAUGAGCGAUGUCUUUGCAGAUCCGAAUUCUGUCUGCUGGUCGCUGUCAGAUUUGAAGACGAGUCCGAAUAUGUUAUCCUGGAGGCCAGAUACAUCGAACCGUGCAGCACCCAUGAAGACGAAACGUGCGAAGUGCUUGAAAACAUAAUACCGUUUUGUCAGGUACAGUGAAAUGUCGCCUGUCGAGGCGAAACUGGGGUCGUAAUAAAUAAGACCAUCAUUCCAACCGUUUCCAUUAACCGUGGUCUGGCAGGUCAAAUUCUGCUGUGGAGAGCACCCGAUCCCACUUGAUAAUGCGGUCCAGAAGUCGAAAUGUGCGUCAAGUGUCUUCGUGAAACUCUGGAAGAUCAAUUGCCCAAGCUGCAGAGCACCAAUCAUAGUUGGAUCAAAUCCCUGAGAGUAGGUGAGCUGUGCAGCUGGGUCACUAGAAUCUGCUCUAUUUGCGGCAGCGAAACAGCAAAUUUCUGUGAACCAUGUCUCUUUUCCAGACAAGUUCCUACCCAAUUGGCCCAUCUGCUCGACGGUUGAGUCGUCCGCGAAGCCAUACUGGUGAUGGCUGACCACUCCCAAGCUUGAUUUUGCCUCCGGAAUCCAGGUGUUGGCUUCGGAUAUAAAGUUACUUGUCGCACUCGAUUCGUCGGACAUGAUCGCGACUGAAGUAAGGCCUGCAUUGUCGAGUGCGGAACGAAGCGCGGUCACGACGGAUGCGCGCUGCUGUGGGGUAACUAUCAUCCCUUCCUGGCCACAUAAUGAGUCACCAUUGCCAAAGCUGUUAUCAGGUUCAUUCAUAGGCGAAACAUGGGUGAAAAUGACGUCUUCAUCCUUGAAAUGGGAAAUAACGUCCGCUAAAUACUGUGCAUAUGCAGAUAUCUGAUCGUCCACGAGGGACCCUCCGCAGCUCCUGCUGUUGCUCGUGAACGCUGGCGGUGCAGAAUUGACAAAUGCUGUGAGCACAGGUACGUUAUGGCUAGCGGCCUGCUUAAGGAAAUACUGCCCAGCGGCAUCUGCCGACCAGUUGUAAACACCAGGUGAUACGUAGAACGUCUCAGGGGCACGUGUUGGGUUUCCAACGAAGACUCCGCCUCCACCGACGUUAUACCGAUAAGAAGACAGCGCUGCCCCUCCUGCAGCGGAUGGUGUCGAGUCAAAUAGGAGAGUCGCGACCUGUUCUCGAACGUUUUCCGGAAAGCUAAUCAGGUCGUUCGGCCACCAAGCGCCGCUCGCGCCGAUGCCAUUCAUCACCUGGGCAGGCUCGGUCGAGACCUGCACGACUUGUCCUAUUUUCGUUCAUAUGUACGUCAAAAACACAAGGAACUAAGCAACUAGACAACUGCAUAUUCGCACCGAUCGCAGACGAGAGUGCUACGCCCAGAAAUACUGUGAGGAGAAGAGGAGACUUUAGCGCCAUUGUUGCAAUUGGACCUUACAAUAGGCUACGUAGCGUAGUUUACCUUGUUGCAUAUUUAUGCAAAAGCUCGAAGGUACAGCGGAAUUAUCGCAGGUUUAGCACGGAGUUCAGUUUUGCCAGCAAGCA